AAUUCACAAUUAAAUGUAUUGACAAAAAUAUAAUGUAAAGAUUUUAUGUCACUUUAUGAUGCCUAUUCAUUUUAAACAGAAAUAUGAAGACACUUGAAAAGUAGGCAAAGCAUGAUUAAGAUGCUUUUGUAAAUCCAUUGUAAACAUGUUUUCAAAAUAAUUAGCAUACAAAUCUUGUCUUGGGAAAUCAUGCACCAGACACAAACACUCACACGCCAAUGUCUGCAGGCAACUUUGUCUUAUCAUGCUGAUCUGAGUGUUUACUGAAGGGAAGGGUUUGUAAAUGUUCAGCUAAGUCAAGGAUGACAAGAAGACUUUUCCAUAUACAAGACAACAUAUACACCGCUGCACCUCACAUAAAUGCAAGGAUAUUGCUACAGGUCUUAUUUCAUCUAAAAGAACUACAUUUAUAUUUAUGCAUUUGCUCUUUUAUCCAAAGUGAGUUACAGUGGGAUACUUGAAAAAAAAUCUUGUGGUCAUCAGCAGAACAGGUACAGAACAUCUUCCAUAAUUAAUCUAGAAAUUUGAUUAUGUGUAAAACUAAAUAUUUAUUUAUUUUAAUUUAUUCAUUUAUGUACUACUUAAUUUGAUAAAUAUAUAAUUCUUAAAAUAUUUAUAUUACAACCAAUAAGUGCUCAUAUCAGAUUACAGACUGCUGUAAAUAUCAUGGACAUAAGGAACAUUACAAUUUUUAUAUUUCUGUUAAAUAUAAAUGGUGGUGGAUUAUUUUUGGUAGGUUUAUUUUCUUCAUAACAGAUGCUCUAAAACUUGACAUUAGGAAAUAAGCAUUAAUAGUCUGCAGUGAAUGGGGAUAUUUCUCCUUUAGGAUGGAGGUAAAGGUCUAUGUUGAAGGAGUCCAGCGCAUUGUUUGUGGAGUCACUGAAAAAACAACAUGUCAGGAGGUGGUCAUCGCUUUAGCACAGGCAGUCGGUCGCACUGGACGAUAUACUAUGAGAGAGAAGUUCAAAGAAUAUGAACGUAACGUAACUCCAGAUGAAAGGCUCCUGGAGUCUUUAGAAAAAUAUGGUGAGCAAGCUAAGGAAGUCCAGCUCAUUCUGAAACAUAUCGGUCCGUCCCUUGGGGAAGAACCAAUGCCCAGGGCCCAAAUGAGGCGUGCAGAAGGAGCGGGGAGGGUCCGUAGAGGCAGCGGGAUACUCGCCCUCCACCGCCAGAGUCUUCCACCGCUAUCACAUCUCUGCCUCAACUCGGAGCCGCCCCCCGAGGAACCAAAGAGACCCAAGAGGAAGUCCCUGACCCUUAUGGAGGAAGCAUGGGGCUGGCUGGAAAACUUGGGCAGAGGCGGGAAACAACCAUUAGGACGAGAUAAGGGAAAAGACAAGGAGGGCAAUAAAGGAAAUGGGCACUCAGACAGCACAUCUCUGAAAUCAGCCAAGAGUUCCUCAGCCUCUGGGGUAUCACAGGGAAAGGACAAAAAAGAUAAAAAUAGAGUCGCACAUCAGCCUUUGAUCAGUUGCCUUGGGAACCGUGGUAGAUGCAAUGAUGACAGUCCCUUAUCGGAAAGUAAAGAGGAAGAGGCGAGAAAAGGUGCAGAGAAGGAUUUGAAGACCAUCACAACCGGCAAACCUCCGGUGGCUCAGGUUCAGAUGAGCAGUCCUGAAACUGACAGCGAGGAGAUAAUAGCAUUAAGGAGACAGAUCAUCCAACAACAGACAACUCUGCAAGAACUAACGGUGAAAAUAGAUUCAACUGAUCAGAUGAUUCGUGCACUUGAGAAGCAAGAAGCAGCCAGACAGAGUUCAGAGUCAGAAGAUGAAGAACAGCUCAAGUUUUGGCUAAAUGAGCUGAAAGCAGAGGAGGGCUACGAGAGGGAUCUGCAGCAGCAGUUCUUUCAGAUAAAAGAGGAAGCUGCCAAGUGCAAAGCCCAAAUAGAAGAAUACAAACAGAAAGUGCUAACAAUGGAUCUAAAAAACACCACUGGACAAACAGACGCACCAAAUCCUGAACUGAACCAUUAUGAACCAAGCAUCAAACAAACAGAGAGCUCUGUGGAUGGAUCACGUGGAGACAGUAAAAUUGAAAAGGUGGUCACGACACUCGACUCCAAAGUCCCAUAUGUGUUUGUUUCUGCAAACCAGAUAUCUCAUCAUCCACCGAGUGGACCAGCAGAGCUGAGGGAAUGGUGGACACGAUGGUCACAGAGUCAAAAUCAGACACCAGGGACAAAACCAAAAAUAGUGCAUCGCUCUGAAAUCACCAUACAUCUGGGAAGCACUAGAGUUUAAGCACAUGAAACACUGCAGUUUUUGUAUAUAGAAACUAUUUCUAUUCAACACCACCUCGUUCACUUAAUCCCAGUGGUUUAUGAACUUUUCAUUGCAUGAGGAGACCCGCAAGGUGAACGGGAUUUCACCAAGUAAGAUGUGAUCCUGGAUCAACACCAUUGUUGGUCCUGGAUCAACAUUUUCAUUAACCUAUCAGAUUGCAGGAUUAGGAUUAGUGUGCAUGUUAGAUUCGAGCCGUUUCUCAAUGUCAAGAAAGGAUCCUCGGAAGCCAGAAUUUCGAGGAUGCUACAUCAUCGACGUCCGUCGAAGGACUGUUCCAAUGUCAAGAAUCCUCAAAAUUUCAGACAAGGACCGAGUCCUUCGUUCGAGAAAUAUCCCAUAUACAGGAAAGGAUGCAUAUGUGUAUCCUUCGCACUCUUCACGCGUUGAAAUCACCCACAAUCAAUCCUAUGCGGGCAGCACCGAAAACACACCUUUCAAUUACGCAACGACGUGCACUUGCUAGCCUGAUCCAUUUAACGUGUUCUCCGAAUGCUUAAGUGGAGCCUCGCCUGGCCUCUGAAGGAAGUGACUUGUCCUGCCAAGGAAGUAUCCUUGACAUUGAGAAACGGCUUUAGGUUUCAGAUUGGGUUAGGGGCUUUUAAGAAAUACUCCUCAAACUAUUAUUUCACACUAAUUUGAGGGUUUACAAAUGGUUAGGUUUUGAAUUAAGGGUAGGUUGGUGUAUCUUUGAUUAAAACGUUGAUCCAGAAUCAACAAGAAAUGUUGAUCCAGGAUCACAUCUUACUUUGUGAAAUCACGGCGACCACCAUGGCAAUGAUGAAACAAUGUGGUCCUGUAUUUGUUUUUUACGUAUUAUGCUAUUAAAGAAUGAAAAGUAACACAUCACUGAUUCUCAUAAAAUGUUUAUUUCAAUUGUUUCAUUCAAGACCUUUAACAAAAGUAUAUAGGAGAACCAUGAGGUUCAACACAAACCCAGAGUGCUCCCAAAAAUAAUGAUAGCAACAGCUCCAUGUGUCAUAAGAAGCACGGCAAAAGUCUAUCCACUUAAUUGAAUUCCAGCUCUUUUUUUAACAUUCCUAGUUGUUACCCCCACUUGUCAAGUUACAUAUUUGCAUGUAUUCAGGUUUUCAAAAAAAUCCACCCAAGUAAAAGCACACAUGAAAAGGGUGUAUUUCAACCCAGGUAUGGGGAUGCACACCGGUAUUUUCUGUUUAGGGAACCACCAUAAUUGCUUUUAUACUUUGGUGGCCAUUUAGAGAUAGAGGUUUUACAUUUUUUCGGUUUGCGUGAUUUAGGCACCUUUUCUUUAAUUUACUCAUUAGCAGACAUUGAGUUUAAACAAAACUCAAAAUAGAGAGGAAAGAAAAACUUGAGCAAAGAGUAAAAAAAAUCUA